AUGGCUUUGAAGAAUACUACUAACCCAUUGUUAGAGUACAACUUGAGGUGUAGCGACAGGUUUCCAGUAGUGAAUUGCGGCAACAAAGAAAAUCCCAUUUAUCUUCCAGUGGAAGUCUGCGCUGUCAUGGAGGGUCAACCAUACAACUCGAAACUUGACUCUAAUCAAACCAGCAACAUGAUUAAUUUUGCAGUUCGGCCUCCAUUUCAAAAUGCAGGGAUCAUUGUCGAACAAGGCCUCGCAACUGUCGGUCUCAUGAAUAACAAUCCGAAUCUGGGGAACUUCAACCUAAGCGUGGGUGAGAAACUUAUCAAAGUUCCUGGCCGCAUAUUGGAGCCUCCAAAUCUAUCUUACCGCUUGAAAUCGAGGGACCAACCGCGUACAGUCUACCCAAAGUCCGGCUCAUGGAACAUGGCGAACGUUCAGUUCCACAGAGGAUCCAGAGCACCCAACUGGUCGUUCAUCGUACUUCAGGAUGAUAGAAGUCGUAACGACUUUCGUUACGGUGAAACCGCGAGGAAUAUCAUCGAAGAAGUCCGUAGGGGCUUAGCCGACAUGGAUGUUCAACUUCAAGGUCCUUUCGCAGUAAAACUUCCAUCGCCCAUUGUGAAUGAUCAUUGGGGAUACCUCGGACAAGAGAAGAAUGAGAAGGGUGAGAGCCGUGAAGAUCGUGAUAUAGACUCAUUCCUGAAAGCCGCCCACACUAAAGGUGUAAAGCUUCUUUUCAUCAUCUUACCAUAUGCCAGCCCCGGCCUUUAUAAGCGCAUCAAAACGCAUGCCGAUAAGACUUACGGGAUCCACACAAUCUGCUCAGUAGCCACGAAACUACAAAAUUCGCGUGGACGCAUUCAAUACAUAGCCAACUUAGCCACAAAGGUCAAUCUCAAACUCGGUGGCAACAACUAUAUUGUGAAUGGCCAUACAGCGAACAAUUUCGAUUUUCGUAAGACCAUGGUUGUUGGAAUGGAUGUUACGCACCCAUCGCCUGGAUCUACCGAGGGGACGCCUUCCAUAUCUGCGAUGGUGGCUUCCGUAGACGGAAAUCUGAAUCAAUGGCCCGCCACCUUGAACAUUCAGAAGGGCAAGGAGGAGAUGGUGAAGGGCGAACAGCUCACCGCAAUGCUAAUGUCUCGCCUCGACCUGUGGGUAACAAAGAACAGGAUGCUACCAGAAAACAUCCUCGUGUACCGCGAUGGGGUAUCGGAAGGACAGUAUCAGCAUGUCAUCGCUGUGGAACUUCCUCAACUUCGUCUAGCUUGCACUCGCAAAUACCAACAGGGCAAAGAACCACGCAUCACCAUCAUCAUCUGCGGCAAGCGGCACAAAACGCGAUUCUACCCCACCAAUACCGCAUACUGUGACAAAGGCCACAACAACCUACCUGGAACUGUCGUCGAUCGCGGAGUGACCGAAACGCGAACCUGGGAUUUCUACUUCCAGGCCCAUACAGCACUCCACGGCACCGCGCGCCCAUGCCACUACUUCGUGGCGCACGACGAGAUCUUUAGACACAUGUACAACAACAACAUUCCUCGGGGUUUUAGCAACAUCUCUGACAUCAUCGAGGACGUCACGCAUAAUCUGAGUUACAACUUUGGUAGGGCAACGAGGUCUGUCAGCCUGUGCACCCCGGCCUACUACGCCGAUCUUGCCUGCGAGCGCGGACGUUGUUAUCUGUCGGAUCUCUUUGAUGGAACUGGGUCUGGCAAUGCUACUCCUCCACCCUUCGAUCGUCUGAAAAUACAUCCCAAUUUGGAAGAUACUAUGUUCUACAUAUAGGUUUUGGUGAGUU